AUGACUACUACCACUGAACUUGAAAACACCUUGCCACUCAAAGCUUCCACUCCAGCACAUCCUCAGAUUAUGCCGGAAAAGGGAAUCGAAUACUUGGUAUAUUCUUUGGUGAAGCUGACUUCAGAUGGAAUGAACGGGCUUCUUGCAGCGCUCCAUCAGGAUGAUAUCGGACCACAUGCUUGCAGACUGGUCAAGGAUUUCCAGCCUCGAAGUUUGCGAGAAGCAUACGACCACCACAGUCGAGUUCGAGAUGAAGACGAGACGAUACAUCCCUAUUUCUUUAUUGCUGUCGAGAAGGCAUCUUCUGACAGUGUGCUCGUUGUGUAUCUUAAAGCGCCAGGCGCAGAUGGGCACCAUGUUGUUGGUGUAAACCGAUGUGCCAUAGGGGAAGCUGACCUUGUGGGCCCAAAUUUGGACGUAGGCAACAUUGACUGGAUCGAGUACAAAGAAGCCGAAGAAGAGAAAUUCGGAAGUGAAAGUCCCUAUACCAAUCCAAGGUACUUUUCAAAGGAUCCUAGAUUGCCGAGGGAGGACGAUUCAACUACUUCCGAGAACUGCGUAUACGCAUGGUUUAGCCUUGUACCUAGACCUUUACGUUUCAAGUCGAUCCUCGAGCCAGGCUGGACAAACCUCCCUGAAGAUCAGCGUCGAUUUGGCUAUCCAGGAAACGUUCACAGAUAUGACGAUCCAUGGUCAGAGAUCCGGAGUUUCUUUCCAAGGAUGUGUCAAGUCAACAAGGCAAUUCAUAGAGGAAUCAUCCUUGUGGCAGAGAACGAAGAUGUCGACGUAAUCGUGAAAAACCAAUAUGUCUACCAUCAGCUCUCCAAAACACAAGUUAUUGGUUCGAGGCAGGCGCCUGAAUGUGCGGCUUAUGGUCAAUUGUCAGCACAGAUAAGGACUAUGCGUUACUGGCUGAAGAAGUACUACACGUGGCCUUGGAGUUUCUGCAUCGAAUCUACAGGACUGAGUUGCGUUGGGAAGGUGCGAGAUCGAGUGGACUUGUUGAUUGUUAGUCUCGUUGACUUGGAUGUUUCGUCAAUCUUUCCAUCUCGGCAUCAAGGGCGUCUUUCCAAAGACUGCUCACUCAGCCAAUCUCUGCUUUCGUUCCUCCUCCCCCCGCCGCAAUUACCACACGCAAUGUCUAACAUCACCGAACCAGAUGGCGGCGUGCCCGUCCCAGCUGAUGAUGAUGUUGAUGAUGUUGAUGAUGAUCAAGAUGGGGGAGUUCGCCUCGACACAUUCGAGACAGUUCGCACCGUAUCACCUCGCUCUUUCCCGCCUUGUCUCACUUCCUCUUGCUCUUCUCAUUCGCCUCGACCUCCUUCGUCCCGUCCUUCCUCGUCUACUGCUCUGACCCAUCAAGACAUGGUCAUGGCCUCUCUGUCUGGAAAAGACAACCUCCGAAACAUUGAUUGGAUCAGACUAGCCCUCGCCGAAGGUCGUUACCAUGUCCGCGCUUGGGGAAGACUGCAAGUCGGUUGGUCUUCCCAAGACAACAAUCUCGAGUGCAACCACGGAGCACCCUGGACAGGCCCCGACGGGAACGCAGUCGGUGUCGUAACCCCAAUAUCAUACCAUGGAAAGUUCUCCUCACCUGGAGUCUUGCUCUGUGAAGACGCACGCUCUCCCGACUGUCGUAUCUGGUGGCACAUCCUUCUCAAUUGCCCGAAGUGUGAUAUCUGGUUCUGCAAGCCCUGCGACCGUUUCCAGUCCAAGACUCGUGACAACCGUCUCAAGAACGAGAAGCAUCGCCAGAAACCCGCCAAGCAGAGGGAAAAUGCCGAGCGCGCUGGCAAGCGUGAGGAGUAUGAGUUGGCUCAGCGGCAGCUUGCACAAAAGGAGGUGUCGCAACUGUAG